GAGCUGAGGAGUGAAAUAUGUUCACUGACAUUUAUGUUAACAGAUAGACUAUAAAUGUCACUGGAUCUGAUUUUCAAAAACGUUUACCGGAACUCACAUUUUAAUAAGCCUAAUGCGUACAUUUUUGCGCCAGUGCCGACUCAAGCGUGUUUUCUGAUGACAUCAGCCUUGCCGCCUUUCACGUCAUCCUGUGCGCUGAUUCUAUUUUUACGCAGAAAAUGUUAUUUUUGAACUGGAGUGAAGCUGUGUGAGUGAAGCAGGGAACACAGUGAGCUGUCAGACUGCUCCCUUCAAAGCUGCCCAUCACAGUGCGCAAUUGCGCAGCAAGGGGACUCCGGAGCAGUGCCAUGAGCAGAGAAAGAAAAAGAACUACUGCAGCGCCUUCAGAAAUCAAAUCUUCUCUUGUGAUUCUAUUUCGUAGAAAAUACAUCUACAAAUUCCCACGCGUGAUUAAAGAACAGUCUGUAAUUUUACGAAUCUAAUCAAAGUGGAAGGAUUGUUUCGAUCACUGAAGGCAUCUUGGAGACGCUGCGCACGAUGCGGACCCACAGUGACUGCAACUCACGAUGACAGUUUACAACACGACUGUGGAUGCACGCUCGACAAAUCUGGAUAUUUUCAAACCAGCACCAUGGACGCAGCGGAUGUAGUUACUUCUGUGUUGCUUUUAGGGAUUAUUAUCGUGUCUUUGCUGUCCAACGUCGUGGUGCUGAUCUGCUUUCUGUAUAACCCGGAGAUCCGUAAGCAGGUACCUGCUCUUUUCAUUCUCAACUUGACGUUUUGCAACCUGUUGCUCACCGUGUCAAACAUGCCACUAACUCUGGUGGGUCUCAUCUCUACGGGGAAUCCCGGAAACGGCGGCCUCUGUCAAACUGUGGGUUUCCUCGACACUUUUCUCACAACAAACUCCAUGCUCAGCAUGGCAGCCCUCAGCGUCGAUCGAUGGGUGGCUGUGGUGUUCCCGCUGAGCUACCACUCAAGAAUACGGCACCGGGAUGCGGUGUUGGCGCUUGGAUACACGUGGAUACACUCACUGUGCUUCUCCACUGUGGCCACCUACCGCUCUUGGAUCGGCUACCAUCACCUUUACGCAUCGUGCACACUGUGCAAUGUGAGAGCGAAGGGAGCUGGGACGCAAUUCCUGGUCUUCACCGUGAUUUUACACUCGCUGUCGUUCCUCCUCACGCUGGUUGUGAUGUGCGUAACGUACCUGAAAGUCUUAAAAGUUGCAAGAUUUCACUGUAAACGCAUCGAUGUGAUUACAAUGCAGACGUUGGUGCUGCUGGUGGACAUUCACCCCAGUGUGCGCCAGAAAUGCUUAGAUGAACAGAAGCGGAGGAGGCAGAGGGCCACCAAGAAGAUCAGUACAUUCAUCGGCACAUUUGUGGUGUGUUUCACACCCUAUGUCAUUACAAGAAUGAUAGAGCUCUUCUUUCCAGGGCCAAUAAGCCCUCGCUGGGGUGUCAUGUCCAAAUGUUUGGCCUACAGCAAGGCAGCAAGUGACCCGUUUGUCUACUCUCUGCUGCGUCACCAGUACAGGAAGACCUGCAACCUUCUGGCCAACAAAGUCCUCAGGAGGAGUCCGGUUCCUUCCUCCUUUCUCAGGACAGAACUCAACCAAGGGAGCAGUGGGAAAAAUUUAAACUCAACCAACAACAUUCAGACAACAAACAAACAGCUUAGCCAAUAAAGUAAUUUACAGGCAUUUAAGGUAUAAAAGCAUCCUGGCAAUGUCAUGUUACUUUGGUGUUUACACUUAUAAUAAGAAAUGGAUUUCACCACAAAUUGACAUUAAAGACCCACUCCAAACAUCUUUUGAGUUACUUCAAAAGCGUUCCCAGUGGUCUUUUACUAAUGAUUAUGCAAUUUUUAGCCAAAGUCAAAUAACCUGUGUUGUUCUCGAGUUCAUUAGAUAUUCACCUCUGAGUUGUGGGUGGGACCAUUGGAGCAGAGUCCUCCCCACUGCUGAGAGCUCUCUGUUUAAAUACUCUCCCACUAGCUUACAGCCCCUCACCACCUCAACAUAACAUUAAUGGUGCAAACUAAUACACUCUUUAUUCAAACUGCAUUUUUUUAUCUGCUCCUGAUUCACAACGAUUUGAAUAAAGAAAUACUGAGAAAAGCAAUUUUAAGAGUAAUUUUCUUAUACGUUCUUUUUUGAAUGUCCUCUAAAAACACCAAAAACACAAUUUUAAUUGGAGUGGGUCUUUAAAGUGAGCAAGAUAGUUUGUCAAACGAAAAAGGUUGACAAUAUUUCACUUUUUAACUAGUCAAAAAACGCUGAAAACGUCUAAACCAACAAGUUUCUUUAUGCUGCUUGACUGUGCAAUCCUUGGGGAUGUACUCAACUGAAUGCUCAUUAGUUCCUGCCAGGGACAUAAUUUUUGGAAAUAGGUCACAAACAAAUACAUUUCAAUUAAAAAGUAAAUAAUCUCAUCCAAAAGCUGCCUGUUGGUUCCUGUCAAAUUCUUAUUUAAGAAUGGCUACUUUCAGGAGAAGGACUGCAUCAGAAUAUCUCACUGUGCCCCCAUUAAUUAAAAAAGAAAAGACUUUACUAUCUGGUGCUACAUUUUUGUUUUCUUGUUAAUAGUCAAUAUAGGGAAUUGGAAGAGAAGUUAUUAGUAGCCUUAUCUUUGGAAGAAGGGAAACACGGCACUUUUGUAGCUUUCGUGUAUCAUUUGUGAAGGGUUUAAUAUUGUUUUGUAAUACAAUGUGAAUUGUAUUAGUACAUUUCUGACAAAUAAAUCAUAUAAUAUAGAAAAACAAUAUUUUGGUUACUGACUUUUAGGACAAAGCUGUGCAAAACUUUUCCAUACCUCAAAGUGUUAUGUAUAUUAUCACUUACGUGGUCCUGAAAAAGGCACAGACUUGCCCUCUUAGUGUCACAUGUCUCACAUUGUACUCAGUCUGAGUGGCUGUAGAUCUUGAUGAAGACUCAAGUGUAACUUCUGACCUCAGUGAGUUUUCUUUUUUUUUCUGCUUUUAUUGGUGAAUAAAUUGCUGUGCAGGUCCAUGGAAUGGAACAGGUCAUUGUUGUGUUAAUGUAUGGUAGAUUUAAGUGCCACACUGGCAUUUAUCAAAAUAGUGUGUUCUAACUGUGAAGCUUGAGUUAUAAAGUGCCUUUUAGUCCAUGAGCUUUCUGAUCCAAUCAAAUUACAGCAAAAGGAGAUUUUUAUUUUGAGUGUUUUUGUUUUCAGUAUUUUUUGCCACAGCAACAUGUGAAGCCAGUUAGUUUUUUUUUAAGUACAGUUUAUUUUGUGCUGCCUGCUCAUUAUUUUAUUGCAUAAGGAAAAAAAUGUAAAUGUGGUUGCAGCCAUUUAGCCGUGUUAUUAACAUUUCAGCGCAUGUUAUGUGAGGGGCUGUGUGAUAUCAGCGUUGUAGAAAUUAGUCAUUUUGACAACACUGGUAAAUCAGGAUGUUGUGGGUUUUUUCACUGCUGUGAUAGAGUACAAGGCCUCUGAAGGCAUCAGAUCUAUUUAUUUUUGUCUUUCUAUGUUGGAGUUUUGUUGAAUACAUUUGUGAAGACAAUGUAAUAAAUGCUGUGCAUUUUUCUAAAA